GAAGUGCGGCUGCGGCGGGAAGUGGGUGAGAUUUGAAGCGGAUGAAGUAGGAAAAUCUUUAAACUUCGCUGAAGAAAAACAUUCAGCUCUUUUAAAAACUUCAUACAGCUGACUCGAUAUAACUGUGACACUGUUUCACACGGCAGGCCGCACACGGUUCAUUAGCGUAUUUUGGUGCGUUGGAAUCAACAAGUAACAGGCAUUUAGCUCCGUUAGCCAGAUUGCUAAUAACAUUCGCUAGAAUUGUCCGUUCCGCCUUAAAUACUGCAGCUGCCGCACCAUUUAAGGUGUAACGGACAAUUCCACUAAGAAACCCGCUUCAGCCUCGUGAGAGUCGGGCAGACAGCGACUGAAGUCUGACCCCGGUGGUGUUUCUGAGGGCAGAGACUCGGCUUUGUUAUCGGUAACCUGCCCUCCUGACUCCAGCUGGGGGUGAAAUGGCGAGUCUGCUUCAGGAGGUGAAGCGCUGGGCGACCGAGGAGCUGGACUUCCCCCUUCACAAACUCCCGCACGACAGCUACAUCAAAACGCUGUGUGUUGGUUCCGGAGCUUCAAUUUGGAAGUAUGUCAUACAGCAUGUUUACCAUGAGAGGAAUGUGAGAGUUAUGCGAGGAAAUCUCCAAUGGUACAAAAUUUUGCAGGACAAAGAGCUGAAGCAGGUGGAGGGCCAGAAUAAAGAUGCUCAGCGUGUGGACUUGCAGAGGGAGAUAGAGGAACUGCAGGCUGAGCUCACUCAGUUAGACCAGAAGAUUAGCACGGCAGAGGAGCAGCUUGCUAAUGAAGAGCAGAACGUGGGCAGGCACUGGGAGAUGUAUGAGGAGAACAGGCUGAGGGAGCUGAUGCUGGACUCCUUCAGGCAGCGUUGUGCAGACGAGCGAAACUCUCUCACAGAGGAGACACACAAGAUCAGCAGCCAACGACAGGCUUUGGAGCAUCUCUCAAAGAAAGCGGAGGUGAAGCUGGUGUUUGGAUCGUCUGACAGCGGAAACACUGGCGCAGCUGCAGAGCCCCUGGUUUUACGGGAUGUUCGCGAGCUGUGCAGCGAGAGAGUGCUCUUCUUCCAGACUCUGCAGGAGAGUGCGCUGAAGGCUGCCUCUUCAGAAUUUACUCCUGAUCAGAGGAAUGCAGCAUAUCAGCACUGGCUCAGUGCAGUUGAGGGUUUGCUGCGUUUUCACCCUCCAAAUCAAGUGCUGUUAGCCCUGCAGACUCUGGCCUCCAAACAGCAGACGGCCCUGGAGGAGAAGACUGCUACUUUGGAUGUGGAACGUGAUGUGUCAGCUCUUGGGUUUCGAUAUGAGAGUAAUCACCUGCUUGAUGUUACGAUGGAAGAGGAGGAAGAUUUGCCACCGGUCAGCUGUCUCUUACAGUCUGCGUGGGAGGACGUGGAGCAGUGUUAUAUGCAGCUGGCAGAGGUACGGAGCAGAGCUCGGCAGCUGCAUGUUGAACUCGGUGAUCUCACGAAGCAGGCAAAGCUAAGAAUUCUUGGACAGGACGAUGACGCUGAACCCAUUGCUAGGAACGCGUUUGAGCUGGAGGUGCAGACGGUGAGGCAGGCUGCAGUGAGAGACAGUGUGAGGGAGCAGUGUGCUCAACUGCAGCUGCAAAACCAAGAGAGACAUGAGGCCCUGCGGAGCCUUCAAGCACAGUGGCAAAGCAUCAUGGACUUCAGACAGCUUGUGGAUAUUAGACAAGAGCAGAUAAGGAGUCUGAUCAAAGGGAACUCCACUAUAAAGACUGAACUCACCCAUGUCCAUUCUGAGUUAAGGCAGUUUGUGCAGGAGAAGCUCAGCCCACAGUUUGGGGAUGUGGUUCGCGCUGCUGUUGGACUUCGUAAUUCCGUUUCCCAGGAGGCCAAGCAGUUCAAUUUGGUGUCCCUCGCUGCUCUGGAUCGCAGAGUUGUAGAUGGUGAGAGAAUACCAGUGGACCAUCUCUCUCUGUAUCGUGUGAACUCACCAGCCCUCCAUACAAUCCGUUGCAGCCUUUCCACACCGAUGUGCAUGGCUGCUGAGGAGCUGUGUUCUCGGACAGUGUCUCAGAGGCUGGAGCUGCGAUUCCUUCGUCGACUUCUGCAGCUGCACUCAGACUCUCUAGCAGACAUGCAGAGACAGACAGCGCAGCUUCCCGCCCCCAGCCAGCAGGCCCUACUGCAGCGUGUGAAAGCAGAGGAUGCGGAGGUGCUGCAGGCUCUACUGCCUCGUGUGCAGGAGCUCACGCAGCGGUGCUCUAAAGGUCUCACCUACGGGAACCAAGUCAGUACUGCCAUUGCACACUGGUGGGAGCAGCCUGGCCAGUUUGCUCUGCCGGAGAAGAAGUGGGAAGGACUGACCUUCCAACAGUGGCUGCAGAGAUGGAAACUGGCUACAAAAAGACUUUAAACAUGCUUUUCAGAAUGUACACUACUAGAGUUAUUCAUUUCCUCAUAUGUAAUUAUGCUGUCUCGCUGAUUAGGAAACAUUUGCUUUUAUAUUACAUCAAGUAUGUUAUAUAACAGUCUGUAAAACAUGAUUAGCAGUAACUGAGCACUCAGCCAACAAAAUUAACAACCCGUGUUUGUUCUUCAGGGCGGUUUGUAUUUCUUGAUACAACAGUUUUCAGUAACUCUGUAAAAAUGGCAUCCUUUCACUGACAUUUUCUGCCAGACAUGAUUUUUUUUAUAUAUAUAUAUACACUUUUUUUAAAGAUGGUCUCACUCAAUCCCAAUAAAUGGUCCUGUUUUUGUACUAACAAA